UGUGUGUUAGAAUGCCAAAAUCACCAAACUGUACUGCACCCUAGCAAGGAACCAUUAGUGAAGUAGUGCCAUACUACCUGCAUAAAUACAUUAAGUAAAAAAAAAUAAUGGCACCCUACAUAGGGCACUCUAUGUCUGACAGGGAGCAACAGAUGUAUUGCACUGAAUCCCAAAAAUGUUGUAAAAUAAAAUAGAUGGACAAAUGAAUGAAUGCAAAAAUGAACGGAUAGAUAGAAGGUUGACAGCUGGAUAAAUAAAUGGACAUCAGGUUAGUACGAAUGCAGAUAUAAAAGAACUGGUGACACACCAGCCUCUUAUCUCCGCCUCCAUCACUGCGUUGUCUCCGCAGACCGUCUGCUGGUGAUUGACAGCUGAAUGGCGGCGCGGCUGGAGCGCAGACGCAUCUGGUUUCUGUGUGAUGUGAUAUCCUCUUGCGUCUAAGCACUAGCGACUGGUGAGGUCUCUUUCUGGCAAUCAAAACACUGGGCUGCAACUCAAACCUGCUAUAACGUCCCAGAGAAGUGCACUAUGUAGGCUAGGUUUUGAAAUAGUAAUAGUAACCAUAAUUUUAAUUGAAUCACAAAAGUACAAUAUACUAUAUAUACUGUAUCUAGCAGUGAGUCAUUUGUGACUUCCUACAGAAAUGCAUUAAAUAAGCUAUUAAAUAACACUAUGUAUAGUGCACUAUGUAUAUAGUAGAAAGGUAUUUAUAAGUGCACUGCACAGGGUAUGAAAUAAUGGCUACAACCAUGUAGUGCACUAUGUGUCCAACUGGGAGCCAAUUGAGAUUCAACUCCUGUACCUAUGUAACCUACUAUAUUAGGAAAGUUCUUAAUCCAUUUUCAGUUCUGGGCCAUGUCAGUGAUUAGCUUGUAUUAGGCUACCUAUUUCUUUUGCGUGUGUGGAGCCAGAACAGAAUGAACAUGUGGCCUAGACGUAGCACCUGAAUGGUAAGGAGUCAUUUGGGACACAGCCAUUACAUCACAACAGAGUAAAAGGAAACCACCUGGUGCACUGUUUCAUUAUCUGAGUGGCAGUAUGCUGGCUUGUGUACAGCGCUGGUUUGAUCCAUUUCUUCCCUACAUAUGCUUCCAUGAGCUGGAUCAUGAGCUUCACAGUUGCGGCUGUGUGCUUUGUGACACUGUUGUUGGAGGUGGCUCAUGCGGCCCAAGGCCACUUUGCGCAUCAACUGCUAAAUGACCUUAUGGAGAAUUAUUCGAACGCUCUGCGGCCCGUGGAAGACACAGAUAAAACACUCAACGUCACACUGCAGGUCACACUGUCUCAGAUUAAAGACAUGGACGAGCGUAACCAAGUUCUUAUAGCAUACCUGUGGAUAAGGCAGACGUGGUAUGAUGCCUAUCUGAAGUGGGAUAAAGACGAGUACGAUGGCCUCGAGGUCAUCCGCAUCCCCAGCAGCCUGGUGUGGAGACCCGACAUAGUGCUUUACAACAAAGCUGAUGAAGAUUUGCCCGGCCCAGCGGACACUAAUGUUGUGUUGCGUUACACCGGUGAGAUCACUUGGGAUGCUCCAGCCAUCACCAAAAGCUCAUGUGUUGUGGAUGUGUCCUACUUCCCUUUCGACAGCCAGCAGUGUAAUCUCACCUUUGGCUCUUGGACCUACAACGGCAAUCAGGUGGACAUCACCAUGGGGAUGGCUAGCGGUGACCUCUCAGACCUGGUGGAGAAUGUGGAGUGGGAGUGUGACGGCAUGCCCGCCACCAAGAAUGUGAUCAUGUAUGGCUGCUGCUCGGACCCAUACCCGGAUAUCACGUACACACUGCUGCUGCGCAGACGCUCCUCCUUCUACAUCUUCAACCUGCUCCUGCCCUGCUUCCUCAUCUCCUUCCUGGCGCCACUUGGCUUCUUCCUGCCCGCGGACUCAGGUGAGAAGGUCUCGCUGGGUGUCACCGUGCUGUUGGCGCUCACCGUCUUCCAGCUGGUGGUGGCCGAGAGCAUGCCGCCUUCCGAGAGCGUGCCGCUCAUAGGUAAAUACUACAUUGCGACGAUGACGAUGAUCACGGCCUCCACCUCUCUCACCAUCUUCAUCAUGAACAUCCACUUCUGUGGUGCUGAAGCCAAACCAGUCCCUCACUGGGCCAAAGUGCUUAUCAUCGGCUACAUGAGCAGGAUCUUCUUCGUCUACGAAGUUGGAGAGAGCUGCACCUCAUCAUUAGCAUGGAACAAAGAUGCAGACAAAUGCCAUGCACAGAAACAUCAAAAGAAACCAACCAGGCAGAACCCAGAACCAACCAGGAACCCUUCAGGUCUCCCUUGCUGUCCUGAUGAUGAAAAACUACCUUCCCCAAAUGUGACCUUUGACCCCUGCAUGUUUUGUGGCCCACAUAGUGGUGGAGACCCGAAGCUCAUCAAGAACGUCGAGUACAUUGCGAACUGCUUCCGGGAGCAGAAGUUGACUUCCCUGAAAGUGGCUGAGUGGAAGAAGGUGGCCAAGGUGAUGGACAGGUUCUUCAUGUGGAUCUUCUUUGCCAUGGUCUUCCUCAUGAGCAUCCUCAUCAUCGGCAAGUCAUCGUGACCACAUAGAGCUACGUUUACCCAGAAUAAUGCUUGCUUGAUUGUAUGUACAUGUAAACAAAUACAUACAGACCUGACUAUAAGCAGUGUGUCAGAUAGCGAGUCUGAAACCGGAUGCCGUGUGUGUUCUCCUGUUCCUCUCUCAUUCCUGUGGUAAUUAUUUGUGCACUGAAAUCAAAAUACUGCAUUGCUAAUGAUAGGCCAGUUGCGCUGUGAGAAACUCUUUGAAUGAGAGGUCUAGAAAAGAAUGAUGGUGCAUUCCAGAACACUACAAUGUACAUGAUUGGUGAUGCCUAGGAAUGAAGAUGAAGCUAAAAGUAUUGGAUCCUGAUGACUGGCUGAGAAUUUCACUUUGGCUCCAGAAUUCUAAAGCCAACAUGGCUGCUGUCUGAAAUACAGAAUAUAUAACUGAUGAUUCUGGAACUCCACAAUACACAUGAUUGGCUGAGAGUUCUCAAAUAGAAUGUGUGUGAUUGGUUGAGAUUUCCAUAGAACAAUACACAUGACUGGUUAAGUGUUCCAGAACUGAAUACAGUUCCAGAAUAGCUUGUGAAUGAUUGGCUAAAGGUUCUGGAACUGUAGCAUGGACAUGUAGCAUGCUGAGAAGUCUAAAAUACAGUGUGCAUGACUGGCUGAGAGUUCUAGAAUAAAAUGCACAUCACUGGCUCUAAUUUCAUACUGAUGAUUGGCUCAAAUGCUGGAUUGCAAUGGAAUGGCUGAGGGUUCCAGAAUAGCUUGUGCACUAAUGCCUGAGAGUUCCAGGAUAGAAUGCACAUGAUCGGCUGAGAAUUCCAGAAUAGAAUGCACAUGAUCAGCUGAGAAUUCCAGGAUAGAAUGCAUAUGAUCGCUGAGAGUUCCAGGAUAGAAUGCACAUGAUCGGCGGAGAGUUCCAGGAUAGAAUGCAUAUGAUUGGCUGAGAGUUCCAGAAUAGAAUGCACAUGAUCAGGUGAGAGUUCCAGAAUAGAAUGCACAUGAUCAGGAGAGAGUUCCAGAAUAGAAUGCACAUGAUCAGGUGAGAGUUCCAGAAUAGAAUGCACAUGAUCAGCUGAGAAUUCCAGGAUAGAAUGCACAUGAUCAGCUGAGAAUUCCAGGAUAGAAUGCAUAUGAUCGCUGAGAGUUCCAGGAUAGAAUGCACAUGAUCGGCUGAGAAUUCCAGAAUAGAAUGCACAUGAUCGGCUGAGAAUUCCAGGAUAGAAUGCACAUGAUCGGCGGAGAAUUCCAGGAUAGAAUGCGCAUGAUCGGCGGAGAAUUCCAGGAUAGAAUGUGCAUGAUCGGCUGAGAAUUCCAGGAUAGAAUGCACAUGAUCGGCGGAGAAUUCCAGGAUAGAAUGCGCAUGAUCGGCGGAGAAUUCCAGGAUAGAAUGUGCAUGAUCGGCUGAGAAUUCCAGGAUAGAAUGCACAUGAUUGGCUGAGAAUUCCAGGAUAGAAUGCGCAUGAUCGCUGAGAGUUCCAGAAUAGAAUGCACAUGAUCAGGUGAGAGUUCCAGGAUAGAAUGCAUAUGACUGGCUGAGAAUUCCAGGAUAGAAUGCGCAUGAUCGGGUGAGAGUUCCAGAAUAGAAUGCACAUGAUCAGGUGAGAAUUCCAGAAUAGAAUGCACAUGAUCAGGUGAGAGUUCCAGAAUAGAAUGCACAUGAUCAGCUGAGAAUUCCAGAAUAGAAUGCACAUGAUCAGCUGAGAGUUCCAGGAUAGAAUGCACAUGAUUGGCUGAGAAUUCCAGAAUAGAAUGUGCAUGAAUAUCUGCAUUCCAGAAUAGAAUAUGCAGAGCUACAUAAAAGAUUGUUCAUGAUUGGCUGAGAGUUCCACAAAAGAAUGCACAUUAACUCCAGAAUGGACCCCGUUGUUGAUUAUUUUCCCGUAACAGCACACCGGUUAUGUUUUAUUUUAUAUUUAAUAAAUGGUGGGAUCAUAUUGUAUUGCUCUUUUGGCUCCACUAGAGGGCAGCAUCCUCUAAUACUUACUAAGUCUGUCUCCAUGACAUACCCAAUGAACAGAUGGAGUAUCCUGGUGAGUAUGUAUUUCACUCACCAACCAAGUACUGUUUUAUUUCUAAGUUUGUGUUUUACUUGUUAAAGAAAUCCUUGUAUUACAUGCUGGUACUAUAAGAAAUAACAUCAUUUUUUGUUUUUGAAAACAAACAAAUAAAAGUGAAAUAAAAAUGAUUUUUGGCAGUGGACCUGAUGUGGAAAGCAUUUCACUGCGUACAUACUGUACGUGAGAGUGUGAGAGUGUGUUUAAGCCAGACUAAGGAUUAGGGAAUGCAAUCACAGAAGUUGUGAUUGCAUCCGUUUAGCAGCAUGUGGCAGAAUGGUGGAUUGAAGCUACACAGUCUCAAGUCUCGAGUGUUUCAGAGUGUUGAAUCAGCAGCUCAGGAUGAAAAGCCGUUUCUAACCGAGUGUCUCUCACAACACAGGGCUCCGCUCCAUCUAAAUGCUUACGACUGCAAUUACGCAAGCCCUUUGCUCAAUCAGACCAGAUUUACUUCCAAACGGCCAAUGAAUCCCGUCAUCAUACGAUGGCAGGGCCACAUCUGGAGCACGCUGAUAGGAGAUGCACCUCACCUGACCAUCUUUAUGAGGGGGAGUGAGAGAGAGGGAAUAGUUUAUGAUGGGCCGCACCUUUCCUCUUUGCUAUUAGACCGUGGCUGCCUGCAGAAGAGUUUUUCUGACCAGAGAUGGUUAAGAUUUACUAUUACUGUUGAUAAGAGCGUUUUAUUUUAGAUUUUUCAGUGUCAUUAUGUGCAGCAGGACCUUAAUUUUCUACAGUAGUGAUCAUAAGGCUGUGAGUUGUAAUUAAAUUAAACACAAUUAAAUACCAUUAUACACACAGGUAUAGUGCAAAGCAAGCUUUUUCAUAUCUCCUAACUCCUUGGAUCAGAGGAUUAAGUGUGCAACUACGUGUCUUAAUUGAGAUGCAAUAACACAGAGAGCUUUUGUAUGAUUAUACAGACGUAGAUGAUGGGUUUAACCACUAAGCUGCUGGUUCAGUGGUUCUUUUCCACUAAUGGAUGGUAUAAUAAGGUUGUAACUCAGUGCAGGUUUGCUAUUAAACAGAAUGUUGGUCUAAACAGUGAACCCAGAAUUAAAUCUAAUGCAGGUUUGUAAAAACAAAUUAUGUCCAAGUUCACAUGGGAUGCAAUUGAACAGUUUAAUUCAUUGUUAUACAAAUAUUUUUAAUGGAUUGAACCUCCAGAGUAGUUUAUUUUAAAACCAAAUGGUGUUUUUUUUGUGUGCUUAAUUUAGAAAAGCAAAAUAAGGAACAUGUUUAACCUGAGUGUUUAUUAACACCGCUGAGCCACAAAUCUAAAUGGUGAGACCAAUUUUCUGCUUUUGUAGCUAUUUCAUGCAGAAUUUUUCACUUUUGUUUGAUUGAGGUUUCUCUGAA